GGUAAAGUGGGAAAAUUUUGAAAUACAAAAUGAAAAUCAAAUUCCCACCCGAAACAAACCGCCUUUUUUGCUGUUGGAAUUCAAAAAAACCCUCUCUUUAAAACCCCAAAACCCAUCUCCUUUUCCCUCUCAUUUUCUCUUUUUCCUCUCUCCUCUUCCUUCGUUCGCCCGGCUCUCAGCAAAGUCUCUCAGGCAAGAAAUGGCGGGAAAAGGUGGCAAGGGGCUGUUGGCAGCAAAGACCACAGCAGCGAACAAGGAUAAAGACAAGGAUAAGGAUAAGAAGAGGCCUGUUUCUCGUUCAUCUCGAGCCGGAAUCCAGUUUCCAGUGGGACGAAUUCAUAGGCAUCUGAAAACAAGAAUCUCAGCUCAUGGCCGUGUUGGGGCUACCGCUGCUGUUUACUUGGCUUCAAUUCUUGAAUAUCUGACUGCAGAAGUACUUGAGUUGGCUGGAAACGCAAGCAAAGAUCUGAAGGUCAAGAGAAUUACACCAAGGCAUCUUCAGCUAGCCAUUAGAGGGGAUGAGGAGCUUGACACCCUGAUUAAAGGUACCAUUGCUGGAGGUGGUGUAAUCCCUCACAUUCACAAGUCUCUCAUCAACAAGACCUCCAAGGACUGAACAGCGAAAGCUAUUUGCUGUCACUUAAUUUAUUCCGUUGUCAUUAACUUAGAAACUUGUGUCCACUGUCUAUGAUUACAACUUUCUCUCUUUUUUCGCUUUGGCACUAAUGUUUGCUUUUGUGAUAGUUUCUUAUUAGUUAGUAGGUAAAGUGUAAGUGGGUAAUGUAGUUUUUUUACCCUUCUGCACUUGUAGCUUCCCUCUCUAGAAUUAGUCAUUGUUGUUUGCUGGAUAGUUUUAACCAAGUUAUAUUCUGUCACCAUCUGUUUUUA